AGAGAGAGAGAGAGAGCAAGAGUGACCACCGCCAGUUUCCGACAAUCCAAAAAGUCCAGCGUGUGAAAGGUCACACUCACUCAUUCGCCAUUUGCCACUUUCAAAACACACAGAUAGACACAGACAAAGCUAAACCCACUCCACAACAAAUUCAAUCUUUUAUCUCUCUCUCUUCCAAAUAUCUCCGGCAAAAACCCUUUUGCCGGAAGGCUGAUUUCCGGUGACUGUGUUGCGAACAAUGGCUGUGGAGGCUGAGAAAUUUGGGUCAGACGGGAAGCUGUGGAAUCUGUGCAAAAGGCCAUUCUGGCAUUCACGAAACGCUGCUCCUCCUCCUUAUUCUUCGUCUUCUUCUUCGUCGUCCAAUUUGUCUUCUAUGCAUAAUGGUCACCAGCUUAGUCGGAUUCACGAGUCUGUGGAGCGUCCGGCGCUUUAUUCUGGCAGUACGGUGUCGUAUGUGGCCAAGUCUCUGCUUCCCGCUAGGAGAAGGCUCCGUCUUGAUCCUCCUAAUAAGCUCUUCUUCCCAUAUGAACCUGGAAAGCAGGUUAAGAGUGCUGUUGGGAUCAAAAACACUUCCAAGUCUCAUGUUGCUUUCAAGUUCCAAACGACUGCACCAAAGAGUUGUUACAUGCGUCCUCCAGGUGGAAUACUUGCUCCUGGUGAAAGUCUUGUUGCAACUGUAUUCAAGUUUGUGGAACCUCCGGAGAACAAUGAAAAACCAGUAGACCAGAAAAGCAGGGUUAAGUUCAAGAUCAUGAGCUUGAAAGUUAAAGGAGAAAUGGACUAUGUUCCAGAACUGUUUGAGGAGCAGAAGGAGCAAGUGGUUGUUGAGCAGGUUUUACGUGUUGUUUUCCUUGACCCCGAACGCCCUGCCCUCGCAAUGGAAAAACUCAAGCGGCAAUUGGCUGAGGCCGAGGCUGCUCUUGACUCACGAAAGAAGCCUCCAGAAGAAGCGGGGCUGCGAAUUGUAGGAGAAGGACUGGUCAUAGAUGAAUGGAAAGAACGAAGGGAAAGAUACCUAGCGCAGCAGCAGGUCGAAGGGGUUGUCGAUUCAAUGUAGAGUUACUUUCCUUCUGUUUAGAUAAUUUCUAUAUCUAGUGUGGAAAUUUAUAUAUGUGAUUGUGUAUUGGGUGUGCCCUCUUCAUGUCUGAAGAAAGUUGAGCAUGUCUACUAACAGAGCAGGCAGGCAAGGGGUAAAUGGCGCAUGUUUUGUUGUGGAUAGAUGUAUCUGUAGAAAGUAAAAAUGACAGUAUUAAGUUUUAUUCAUAUUUUAGAGAUC